UUUACCUUUUGUUGUUAUUGUUUAUGUUUGGUUUUAAGUUGUCCCUGAUAAUAUAAUCUAAUAUAAAUUAAUAUCUUUAUAACAAGUCAUUUAGAAAGGCUUGUUUUGAAGAUAACUGUGUGAAUUUUGGUUAGCAAUAUGAUGGAAGUAAGAACUGAAGACAUUGAAAAUGGAUAUGAAAAUAAUGGAGAAGAAGUUGAAUUCAAAAACUUGGACUUCUCUGAAAAAGCAAUCCGACAAAGAUUUAUCAGGAAAGUCUACGGGAUCCUGACGUUACAGUUUCUGAUUUAUUUUGGUUUUGCCUCCAUCUUCAUGUAUGUUGAACCAAUGAGGCAGCUUGUUGUUGAAAAUUUGGACAAUUUAUCUUUGGCUGUAAUAAGUAUCCAAAUCAUGAUUGUCGUGAUUUUGUUAUGCACCAUUGACGCUUGUCGACGUGCCCCUGGAAACAUAAUCUCUCUUGGAUGUUACACAUUGGGUACCAGUUUCUUUUUGGGACUUGUGGGUCCCGCACAUAGAGAAGAGAUAUACUGGGCGCUGGGAAUGGUUACCACUGUGAUUAUUGGCCUCACAAUCUUCGCUUGGCAGGGUAACAUUGACUUCAACAUCCCCCACAAAAUUCUACUAGUAAUGUCUAUGCCCGCCAUCUUGUUAGGCUCAUUGUUCCUCCCACACAAUCCGUUGACUCGACUCAUAUUCCCUGGAGUCGGAGCCUUUGUUUACUGCCUGUUCUUGUUUAUUAACACUCAUAAUGUCGUACGAGGGAAACACAUGCUUGUUUUAUCUCCCGAGGAGUAUGUGUUUGCUGCUCUUAUCCUGCAACUAGAUAUCCUUACCAAGCCUAAAUCAAUCUUGAGAGCUCUGUGAGGUUAUUUAUUUUGCA